AUGGAAGACAGCUCCCAACAGACCUCAGCCCAUUCGGUAUCCGCCCUGAGUUCAUGGCGGCGUUAUUUCCCCGACGGAGAUGUCUGGGUUUUCGGAUAUGGGAGUUUGAUAUGGAAACCGCCUCCGCAUUAUGACCGGCGUCUUCCAGGCUAUAUCAAAGGCUAUGUUCGGCGAUUCUGGCAGGCAAGCGCGGAUCACCGUGGCACCCCUGAGUCCAAUGGCCGUGUGGUCACAGUCAUAGAGCGCUCCUUUUGGGAGACUUUGUCCGAUCCUCAUCAAGAUGUCCAGCCAAACUCCAACGAAUCGUUGGUUUGGGGUGCAGCGUACCACAUUCCCGCCUCCCACGCCGAAGAGGUCAACGCCUAUCUCGAUCACCGUGAAAUAAACGGCUACAGCGUCCACUACACCCCUUUCCAUCCGUACACGCCUUCAACCCAGGGGGGCGAGCCCGACGCACCCGAUCCAUCGAACUCAUCUCCAUCAUUCCUCUGCAUGGUUUACAUCGGCCUUCCAACAAAUUCUCAGUUCCUCCGAAACCCGACAGAUCGCGAUCCGUCCUCUGUGGCGGGUGUGAUUGCUAAAAGUCGUGGUCAGAGUGGCGAGAAUAAAGAGUACUUGUAUCUGCUAGAGAAAGCCCUUGAAGGGAUCGGACUGGGCUACGCCGACGCCCAUGUUACGGAUUUAGUGCGAAGGGUUAGAGCGUUGGAGGGUGUUCGCGAGGGCAGAAAGAGCCAGAGUGAGAUUGACGUGGAGAAAAUUACUAUCCCAGAAGCGGAAUAUAGGGAAGACGAGGCGAUGGAAGAGGUGGAUGAACAUGUUGAGCGGAAAGCAUGA